GGGAAUCAUCAACACCUUUCUCGAGGGGGGGGGAGGAAGUGGAGGGGAGUGGUGGGUCGGAAGGGAAUGCAGCUGACGCCCGCCGCCGUCGAGCUCCGUUUGACCCGUCGUUCCGUUCAAAUGGAGGCAUCGUCUCAGCGGAGUCAGCGUCAUGAUCAGGAUCAGCUGAGGAAGUCCGCUGAGCAGAUGGUCCGAGAACGGAUUAACAUGCUGCCGCGUGGACGUGGAUCCGCGGAAUACGUUGUGCCAGCUGGUCAUGAGCGAGGUCAAAGACAAAGUCAAAGUCAAAGUCAAAGUCAAUCGCCGAGGACAGUGGGGUCGACUUCCCCGGUGACCAGGUUAUUACUGUGCGGUGAGAGACUGUUCACACCCCCUAGACUGUUCGCGACACCAUGUAGCGAAGUGGGAAUGGGGAUGGGGAUGGGGAUUGGAAUGGGAACGGGAGUACGGCAGCGGUCUCCCGACCGUCGGCCUUGUAUGACGUGGUGUCGUCAAGGCAACGAGCUCUUAACCAGCAUACGGGCUAGAAGCCCAAAGCUAUUGUCGGUUAUAAGUGCAAGCGGCCUACGGCGUCCAUCGCCAUUGCCAUCGACAGAGAGGAAGGACGUUCAAGACAGACACAGGUCGAGUAGCAGUGGCGGCAAAAUGGCUUGUCACGUCGAGCAGUCCUCUUCUCCGAGAGCAGCUUGUCGUCUUUCUGUCGGAAGGUGCGAUUCGAGAUCGGACGUUGUGCGACAUCCCACGUCCUGCUCAUCAUUGAUUGGCUCCGUUGCGACCGAGGUCGGAGCGAACGCAGUCGUCAUUGCGACUUUACCUCCUCCGAUGAUAGUCGGGAUCCCGAGUUCCAGUUCCAGCGAGGAAGCAGCAGCAGAAAAAAAGGCAAAUACUUCGGCUGCUGCCUGUUGUGCGGGGCACACGUCGCGCAGGUGGCAUGCAACGUCGCAUGCAACGUCGCAAAGUUGGUCAUCAGCUAUACUCCAGGCCAUGCCACUGCCCCCGUCGGCGAGUGGAGGUGCCGACCAAGAAGCAGGACAAAAGCGAGAAGAAGAUAAAGCAAGAUGUCUUCCUCCUCCUCCUCCUCCUCCUCCUCCUCCUCCCCCUCCUCCUCUUCCUCCUCGUUCUCGUCCUCCCACUUCGCAUCGUUAUGAUAACCACGUCCAGGUGAUGAUGACGCAGGUUGAGGGAGCACCUAGGUGUGGGAACGGACCAGGUGCGUCGGAAACUAGAAGAACGGGCCGCAGCGGAUUGCGCAGCCCGAGGUCAAAGGAGGGAUCUGCUGCUAAUAUACUCGAUGGAUUAGGAGGGGGAGGGAAGCUCGACACGCAGCAGCGACAGGGUGGUGAAGACUCUGAAGAGUGCGUUUUAUGUGGCCGCGUUGGUUUGUCUCCGCAUUUGUGUGAGGAGGCAUCGGCGCCGCCGGCGCUGCCGCCCGGGCAAGAGAAUGGCCAUUCGUCGAAAACGGAUGGCAGAUUGGAGCACCCCAAGGCCGUCCCCGCUAGUAGAAAAGACGUAAGAGACAAGUCGAAUGGUUGUUCUGACGAAUUGAAUCCUCUUUUUCACAGGCCAGCUUUAAUUAAGGGCAAGCGGCCUCCUGUGGCACUCGCCAUCGACGUUGAUAACCUUGACGUUCAAGAUUACACUGAUGGUGAUGAUGAUGAUGAUGAUGACGAUGACGAUGAUAGCGGUGGUGAUCAUGAUAACGAUGAUGUCGCCGGUACACCGGAUGGCUGCGCGGCGCGCUUUGGUAACGGGAAUGUGAGAUCACGGGACGAGUUCCCCACAGCACAGACUCGGAGUUCCGAGGCUCGAAGUCCCACAGAGACUCACCAAGGCCCUGAGAAAGGCAUCUUACCGAGGGUUGAUGGUGGAGCAAAGUCCCGAUCGCCAUCGUCGUCGACGAAUCCCCAAGCCGCUACUGAGCCUACUCAGACAGGUGCAAGCAAUCUACUGCCUGCCAGUGGCCGGAGCCAUGGCAGUGAAACUGCGGCAGCUAUGGGGGCGACUGUCGCUGACGAUGCAUUGUGGACUGUUUGGAGUCAUAUGGAGAUGAGUACGCCGGAUGCCUCGUUCCGGCUAGGUUCAUGGUCCAUCGUAGAGCCUAUGGAUUACGCUAUAAUGGCGACAGAUGACAGAAGUGCAGAUCGGAGCGGAAGCAACCAUGGUUGCCCCCAAGCCGCAACGCCAGGUCCGGGUGCUUCUGCUGCUGCUGCUUUCGUGGAAGCUGUCACUAGGUCGCCCGUGGGUGGUCGGUUGUCGUCAGCAAGUGGAGGAGGAGGAGGUCCUGAGUUCGACUCCAGUUCUUCAUCCGUAGCUGACUUUAUCAAGGCGGAGAACAUCUUUCCGUCUUUCGCUUGGACAAGCGGGUUGGCAGGAAGCCCACCUUCUUCAUCCUUUAUGUUGUCGCCCACGCCGAGGCCGUUGAUUGAUGCUGCGCCAAUCUGUUACGACCCGGGCGCCGCCGACACGGCCCGGCAUGGAGGAGACUCAGGAGAGGAAACUGUGGUAUUGGAGUGGCAUGGAGCGAUGAGUGACCAUAGCGGAAGAGAAGAAGGAGCGAGAGAGAGAGGGAUAGACGGGGACAAGCAGAAGAACGUGGAUCCUGCAAGUAAGCUACUACGCCCGGCUGCUGCCGUUGGCGCGAGUUGUAUUCCUGGCAGUGUUGCCUCACAAGGUACAUGCGAACCUGCGACAACUGGGAGCAGCACUGCUGUUGGAGCUGAUCAAAUUGGAUACAAGAUGAAGGCCGAUUGCCAGGAUGAUGAUGAUGAUGAUGAUGAUGAUAAUGAUAAUGAUAAUGGUGAUGGUGAUGGUGAGGAGCAAGGUGGAAGUGAUGGUGGUGGAAGUGGUCGCGGCAGCACUGAGUGGGAGGAGAAAGGGACGGAGGUUUCUUUGUCUUCUUUGCGGUCCGAUAGGAGGACUCCGAGGCAAGAGGAGCCUCCUCACUGCGUACCGCGGAGCGAAGUAUGUUUGGAGAGUUUGGUGGCUGCUGAAGGCGUGUCAGCUCCGGCUUCUCGGUCGGGAUCGCCAUCGACUACUGCAGUAGUCGAUCUUCGACCUCUUGCCUGCCACCUUAGCGGCUCGGAUUUCCCAAGUUCCGAUCCGCCGUCCGAUCUGCCACCGGAUAGCAGCAGGGAACGCGAUGAAGGCGAUGAAGGCGAUGAGGAGGGUCAGUAUCUGCUGCUGCCUGAAUCUGGAUGUUCGGGGACUGGUUCAAGGAAGUGGCUCCGGCAGUUUUAUAAGAAUGGUACUUGCUGGGAUGACGUAAUUUAUGAGAGGAGGAUGGACGGAGAGCUCGGCUGUGAUUCAAAAAAGGAUUAUGCUCGCAUGGUGGAGUGCGACGCAGCCAUCAUUCACUCUUGUGGGCGCUGCAAUGUCCAGUCCGCGAAGGUGCUGCCGGAGAGCACGGACCGUUGGAAAGAGGAAGUGACGAGUGAACAGAAUCUGCCGAGGCAGAGGAGGAGGUCGCCGGCAGACGUUGGUCGCGAAGAGACGGAUAGCUUGAGCCCAGUUCUGAUCUCCUUUGAACAGGCAGAACAGGCAGACGGCACCGUUAAUCUCCAAGUGGCGCCUUGGGCUAGGAUAAUUUCGAGGCGGAGGAUGUCUCCAGGUCAACAACAGGCGUCGGCUGCUGCUGAUGGCAAUGUCAGUUCCGAGGUCGCAGGUAAGCGCUGAUUUAUUUUAUAUAUACAUAUAUAUUUUUCCCCCACGUCCUAGGCUACCAGCCGGGCCGCCCGGGUCACCCUAUUUUCCCGGGCGGCCCGGCCGUGCAAGGGCCAGGGAAGGUCCCAGGCUCCCAGCAAAAACAAACAAUCCAAGAAAUC